AUGUCCUCCAUUAGCAGCUUAAAGAACAAUGUUUCUGAGAGGAAAAUGAAAGUAGAACAGAUGAAUCAACAACUUCAGGGUCUCAACCAACAAAUUAAAGACAGCGAACAAAAUGUUGAACAAGCGAAAAAAGCACUCAGUAAUGCCCAGUAUACACUUAAUGAUGCUGAAAGAGAGUUGACAAACAAAAGAAUGGAACAAGGACUUGUAGCAUACGUAGGAGUCGUGACAACACUGGCUGUUCCCAUAGUCGGUUGGAUUGCCGGGCCAACCAUGGUGGCGGUAAGCCUUACGGUACUCGAAGAUAACGUCAAAUCUGCCCAAAGUGGCGUGAGCUCUGCUAAAGAUAACGUAAACUAUUCGGAAAACUGGUUGCAGGCAAAAAAAAGCAAGAAAAAUAAUCUUUCCCAGCAACUGAAUAGUGAAGAAAAGGAGAAGCAGAUAACAGAGCAGCGACUACGAGAUCAAGAGCGUCAAUUGCAAGAUCUCAAAAUAGCUCAACAAAGGUCCAUCGAACUAAGUGAUAAACUGAUGAGAACGUGCCAUGUAAUGACAAACAUUUGGGGGAAAAGCCAAGUACUGAAUAACGAAUCUAGCCGUGCGUACUCCUUGGAACCGUUACCGACACCUAUGAAGGAAAUAGUUGACAUGUUUACACCUGAAGAACAGAAAGAGAUAAAACAAAACACUUUUUUACUGUCGAAAGAAAUCGACUUCUCUUCCAUAACGUGGAAACUGAAAGCUGUUUGUGACGCAAACGCUGAUAGUUCAAUCAUGGCAAUUUUGGACGAAUAUUGCUAA